UCUCUCUAUUCUCUACAUAAACUAUGUCUUACCAAUCAUGUUAUACCUCUCUCGAUUAACAUCUUUAAGAAUUUCCACAUUCAUACUUACCUUAAAUUCCACUCUACAAAUUACAACCCAUCCCAUUUUUCUUUAAAUUGGUCUAAUAAAGAUGACCUAAACUUAGCUUAAUCACUAGCAAUUGUAGCAUUACAAUGAGAGGGCUCCCCCUUUGCUCUCUCUCCCCAAUGGCCCAUCUUCGUCGUGCUACUUGCAUGCUUGUUCGUGCCACCUCAGCAGACCUGACGUACCCUAAACAAUAAGAGAGAGAUAGGAUCAUAAAACUCCCGGGGCAACCAUCGAACGUGAAAUUCUCGCAGUAGUCGGGCUACGUCACCGGGGCCCUUUUUCUAUUGGUUGGUGGAGGCGAGCAAGAAGCCUGAAUCAAAGCCGCUAGUCUUGUGGCUCAAUGGCGUCCGAGGAAGUCGGCCCGUUUCGUGUCCGGCCCGAUGGCCGGUCCCUCUCCUUGAGCCCCCAUGCUUGGAAUAAAGUGGCCAAUUUGUUGUUUCUUGAUUCACCAGCUGGUGUUGGUUUUUCAUACUCAAAUUCUUCAUCUGGUCGAAGAACUGGUGACAAAAGAACAGGAAAUGAUGCCUAUAAACUCUUGAGAGGGUGGUUUGAAAGGUUCCCUCAGUUUAAGUAUAGAACUUUCUACAUUGCUGGUGAAAGCUAUGCAGGUCAUUAUAUUCCCGAGCUAUCGAAGAUCAUCGUGAUCGUAACAAAGGCGUCAACAACCCCAUCAUCAACUUCAAAGGUUUCUUGUAGCUUGGGAAUCCGUUGAUCGACGAUUUUUACGACAACAUCGGGACGUUUGAGUUUUGGUGGAACCACGGGUUGGUCGGUGACUCGACCUAUGCUCAACUCAACGAGUCUUGCCCUCGCGACUCGUUCCUAUUCCCUUCAGAUGAUUGCUACACAGCUCUCUCCUCGGCUUAUUCCGAAUUCGGAAACUUUAAUCCCUACGCCAUCUACCAAAGCCCUUAUGAUCAGCUUGCCACCCUCAACAAAGCUCCCUUGGUAAUAUUGUAUAUUUUUCAAAUUAAUAUACUUAAUCAACACAUACUUUUAUAUUGAUGUAGUAGUAGUUAAUAAUUAAUAUGGUUAGGGUUUUUAAUUUGCCUAAGAUGUGUGUGCUUGUUUGGAUAUAUAGUGUAAUGUGAGAUAGAUGCCUUUAUUUGAGGAGAUUGUGUUGUUUGUUAUUUGAAUAUGUUAUGUAAGCAAAAAUCGAAAAUUGACCUUUUAUUAGUGAAUAUAAUAGAAUCAUGUUUAAUUAUGUUACA